GUGUGUUUAAGAGGAGAGUCAGAAAUGUACUUUUAAACUUUAACUGGGCAGGAACUUGAGCAGAAUUUUAAUUCAGCAGUGCCGGUUUGCAAGUGGAGCCCUCUGUGACGUAUGUGAGACCAGUCACUGGCAGGGAUCUUCAUGGACCAGUAAGUUGAGUAAAAUCGGAUCUGACAAGACCUCUGCAUCUCUGGAAAGGACAGCGUUUACAAAAAGCAGCACUGCACAGCUCAAUCACUGUUGCCGUGUGAGUUGAGGGUGAAAAAGGAAACAAAGAGACAGCGGGAAGUGUUGUCUCUGAAUUUGUCUUUGUGUCUAGAAUGAAGCCGGCCUUGGAAACUACAACCCCCGAAGACAAUCGUGAACUAAGCCAAGAAAGCAAAGGUUGCUUUGAGUGCUGCAUCAAGUGCCUCGGGGGAGUUCCAUAUGCAUCGCUGGUGGCAACGAUCUUGUGUUUCUCUGGCGUGGCGUUGUUCUGUGGCUGUGGCCAUGUGGCCCUUACGAAGGUGGAGAGGAUUGUGCACUUGUACUUCUCCAACAACCCCAGCGACCAUGUCUUACUGAUUGACGUGAUCCAAAUGAUGCAGUAUGUCAUCUAUGGAGUUGCCUCCUUCUUCUUCCUGUAUGGGAUAAUCCUCCUGGCAGAAGGAUUUUACACCUCAAGCGCUGUCAAAGAAAUCCAUGGCGAGUUCAAAACAACUGUGUGUGGACGCUGCAUCAGUGGAAUGUUUGUUUUUCUGACCUACUUGUUGGGAAUAGCCUGGCUGGGAGUCUUUGGCUUUUCUGCUGUCCCAGUCUUUAUUUAUUACAACAUGUGGUCGGCCUGUCAGACCAUCAGCUCCCCACCGGCGAACCUGACAACAGGGAUUGACGAGAUCUGCGUGGAUGUCCGACAGUUUGGUAUUAUACCCUGGAAUGCUCAGCCUGGCAAAGCUUGUGGUUCAGACUUGACCGCCAUCUGCAACACAUCUGAGUUUGAUUUGUCCUAUCAUCUGUUCAUCGUAGCUUGUGCUGGAGCUGGUGCGACUGUCAUUGCACUGCUCAUCUACAUGAUGGCUACCACAUAUAACUUUGCUGUUUUGAAGUUUAAGAGUCGAGAAGACUGCUGCACAAAAUUCUAAGUUGCUAUAGAAGCAGUAUACAGAGCUCUACGAGCCGCACUGAGUAGCUUGAACUACCACUGACACCAUGGACUAAAACAGAAUUUAUUAAUCUGCAUUUUGCAAAUGAAAAUUUGUACAUAGCAUAAGAAAGCUUCAUUUAGUAUCAACUCACUUAAAGCACUCUUUUUAGUUUCUUAUUUGAACUAACAUGGCCAUCAUGAAAAUGUAAGAUCUGGCUAUUUUUAUUUUCUAAUAUGGGGAUAAAUGCAGGUAAAGUCACCAAUGGCUGAAGAAAUAGUGAGGAAAGAAAAUAAUACAAAUGGUUGUCCCAAUUGGUCCUAAAUUUAUUGUUCCAAGGUCCACCUAGGAGCCAACAAUUGCUUUUCUCUGAUAUUUAAUAGAUCAACUGGCUUCGUUCAGCCAAUUUGCCAAUACCGAGCAAGUUUCCUGACAAAUAAACAUAAUUUUAAAAAAAGGUUAAAAAUGAAACCAAAUGGCAGAUAAUAGUUCUAUGCACUUGUAUAUCAGUGCUAAUUUGGUUACAUCAUAAAGGAGUAUAUCAGAAUAGAUGAGAUCACCAGUAUAGUUUGAGCUUUGAAACAUCUGGAGUACCAGUCUAUGAGAGAGUAGUUUUAAAUCUUGCAUUCAAAUGUCUGUGUUUUAUAACCUAUGUUUCAGAAAUUUGACUGGAGCUAGACAAACUGUGUAGAGUAUACUGUUUAAUAUUCAUUGGAUAAAAUAAAAACAGAAAAUGCUGGAAUAUACUCAGCAAGUUAAGUAGCAUCUGAGAACAUCCACAGCAUUUUGCUUUGCACAAUUGGCAACUGAUUUUUGAACAAUCAGUGUCACUCAACAGACAGGGAAAGGUUAUACAUUAUGGCCUGGUCCCAAACUAUUCAUUGACUUACAGAUCUGCUAUAGAUUUAUGUCUCCCUCAGUUAUUGGUUAGUUAUGAAUACAAAAGUUUUUCAGUUAUAAUCAAUAUAAAAUAGAACUCUUGUUACAAAGAGCAUUCGUGAUUAUUGGUAAUUAAAUCAAAAAGAUGCUCCUGAAUUCAAAUCCUGUGUAGAAGAGUCAGUAUUGCAAUAAAUUACUUUCUAUAAAGCCUUUUUACAAUCUUAAUCCAACUCCUGUUAUCAGAACUCUCACAGAUCCACUUUGUCUUGUGCUACAAGUUCUUUUCAUGAGUUUUGCCUGAAUUACAGCAAUUAGUCUUUGCCACUGGUCCACUAACUGGAACCUAUAUUUGCAAAGGUUUGCCCGCUCUGGAAAUUCAGGUGACUAAUAAUUUCGAAUUUCUAAUUGGAUUAUAGCACUAUAUUUGACAUCAAGGAUACAAAAUAACAAAAUCAACUUGGGAAGUAUAAUUAAAAAUGCUGAAAUUUUAGUUGUCACAAGACUUUUUCAGCUUUAAAUGAUAAAUUUGGGUUUGGGACACAAUGCACUCUUUUGAUUAAUCUUUUCUCCAUAUCAUUCCCACUGUAACAUUUUCGUUUUUUGCGUCUUACACUGUCCCAAUGAAACUCUUGAGCAACAGCACCACCUCAUCUGACUAGCAAUGUUUAAAAAUUUCAGAUGGUUAGCAGUUCUAGCUUCUACGUGUUGUUUCCAGCUAAUCAUAGUUUUAUUUUCAUGGUAAUUUCAUAUGAUUUUUCAGCUUCAACUUGCAUUUCCUCCAGAUCUAUCUUUUGUUGUUUGCUAAUCCCUUUACCACCAUCUCUCACUCUAACUUGCAAAAGGAGUGAUCAUAAUUUGUCUUCCACCCUAUCAUACAGACCCAUCCCUUCUGACAUACCCCCUCCAUUUCUCUCUCAUUUAAAAUUCAUUUGAUCUCUAACUUUUCCCAGUUAUGACGCAAGGUGUUUGACCUGAAAUAUUAACUGUUUUUCACUCCACAGAUGCUGCCUGACAUGCUGAGUAUUCCAUCACUUGGUUUUAUUUCUGUUUCAGUAGUUUAGUUUGCAUUGGAUGGUAGUUUAAAACCACAGAAAUGUCUAAGUUGUUCAUGUAAAAGGCUUCAUGUUAGGGACAUAUAUAACAAAAAUCAACAUUAUAAAACUAGGUACUUCCCUCUCAAAAAAAACCUGAAGAAAGUACUUUAUGUUGCAACAGAGCAGCUUUAAAAAUUACAUUGAGAUAAAGUACAGUAAGUUCUUUUUGAAAUAUUGAACAACAGCAAAUGAUUAGUCAAAGACAAUAAAACAGCCUUGGUCCUGGAAAUAGACUCUUUGAAUAGCCAGAUCGUACAUCUUACAGAAGGCAAAGAUGUUUUGGUUGUUGGAACACAGAGAAGGUGAGAAAUAGAUUGCUUGGUUUAAAAAAAACUGCUUGGAAUGUAGGCUCUCUCACCCAUCCUUGCCCCCCAUCCCUCUUCUUCCUACAAGUAGGGUUCUUCAUUGUGAUGCUGGGAAUACACCAAUUUGAAGCUUAGUAAGAGAUUAAGAAUGACUACAUUAAAUACUAAUAGAAUUUUCCCCUGCAGUUACAGUGUUGGCAGCCAAGAGGUAGUUAAUUGUAUCUUGUAAUUAAGUGUAACACUUGCCUUUGCCAGACAUCUUUUUAAAAUCUUCAAAUGUGCCAUUAUAAUAUUUGUUAACCUCAAACUGCAUGCUUUACACUUGUUUUUUAGUUACCUUUUGUUACAAAAAUUCCCACUUUUUGGCAUUAUUUAAUUUUCUUAAUACAGUAUUUUGAAAUUGUAUGUAUAGACACUUUAUUGACUUUCAGUCAUUUUUUUCUUCAUAUACUCAAAAUAAACAUGCUUUCUUUACAAAA